AUGGACGCUACUAUUGAUUCGAAUUUCCAUGAAUCGAAAAGAAAAUGUCUUACCAAAACUGAGUACAAUGCAAUGGUUGACUGGAUAGACUUGUCUAUCAAAAAUAACCAUGAUUUUAUUUUAAAUCGUUAUGGUAUGUUGACCUCAAACGCACUCUGCAGAUAUCCCCACUUUGAUAAAAAUACUGUUUUAAGUAUUGUCGAUGGUCGAGUUCAACAAUAUGUUCGUCAACGACAUCAUAAGGUCUUUUCUAGCUCUUCCAAUGCUAAUUCUCCUUCACAUUCUUCAGCCACAUCUCGGACUACACCUACAACAAAAUCUAAACUAUUUAUGAAUUAUCGUCAACAAGAACGCGUUAAUAAACAUUUAAUUGAUUCUACAAAAACAAUGAAUGAGAGGUACAAGGAAUUAGUAGCUAAUGGGACUGUGUUAUCUCCAUUGAUCACAUUGGCUGAUAAGUUGCGUAUGCCAGCUAUGUUGGUCGCUAAAUUUGUGAUUGCCGAUCAAAUAAAAGAAGAAAAAUUGAAAGAGAAACUUGAUCAGCAGCUGUCUAACAAUGAUGAUAGUUUAAAUAGUAGCAUAUUAAAUGAUACAAGUGUUGGAUCAACUGCUAGUAACUUACAAAAUGAUAGUGAUAUAGAGUUGAAACAUGAUUUAAGUGCCAACGACUCAACAGCCAAAAACUUGGAUACUUCUUAUAGUAUUGAUGAACAGUUAUCUCAACAGUUAAACUGGCUCACCUGUAAACUGCGCUCAAUGCAUAAAUCUGAAUCAGCCUUAAAUCAAUCCGAUAAUAGUUUGAAUAAUAGUAAUUCAUACUGUAUUCCGACAACUAAUAAAAGUUUAAAUUUAACACCACAUCAAUUAGCUAUGUCUACUUGGUUGAUACGUAAAGAUCCACAGUUAGCCUAUGAAGUAUAUAAAUCUUCUGUCGUAGAUGGCCAUUAUGGAUCAUGUGUGGAAUUUAUCAAAAGCUGCAACGGCAAGCGCUUUGAACAGAUCUUGAAACAAAAUAUGACAGGUUUGACUAAGUCCCAGACAAACAGACCAGAGAGAAAUUAUACAACUGAAAAGGAGUGCCGCCUUCGUGGUUUAGAUAUGACACCCGAUGUGGUACUUACCGAACCUAUUGCCAUUUUAUUGUCUGAUGUUGACAAUAUGAAGUACAGUCAAGAAUAUACAGCGACAAAUUAUGUUGGAGGAAGUGAAAAUGAAAUUCGAGUGUUGAAUUGGAUAGAAUCAAAAGCAAUGUUUGGCGGCCCUGACCAACUACGUAAAUCUACCCAAGGCCAAUUGUUUCCUUACUGGAAUCGUUAUGGCCCAGGAGCUGUAAUUUAUUGGUUUGGACAUAUUUUGGAAGAUAAUGACAAAGUUUAUGGAGUCCAUGCUGGUGUUUCAAUAAAUAAGAACCCUAUCGACAACAUUUCUGGAAGCAUCACUUCACCAUCUAAAGUUGAUUCAGCAGAAUUAUCUGCAUUUAAUUUUUGGUCUAAAUAUUGUCUAUUAAUGGACGGAUUUCCCGCCACCAAUAAAAUUGUAAUGCACAAUCGCCAAAAUGGUUUAAAAAAGAAAAACUCAACUACAGUUUCAAUGACAGUUUAAAAUAUUGUUUAUAAAGUAAUACA